AUGGCCAACACGAGUGCUCGAAUGUCACGAAUUGCCAUGCCUCUGGGUUCAGUGGACUAUAUCCUUCUUCAACAAGAGAAAAUGGCGCGACUCCACAAUCAGAUAGAGGCUGUAGAAGACCAGAUGUUUGAACGAGGGAAGCUGAUGAGACAGAUUGAACGGCUGAAAGAUGAAGAGGAUGCUCGAACUGCUAGAGUUCUGUCAAGACUAAAUGGUCGAGAGUCGGUACUAAGUGAUGAAGUAGCCAGAUUGUAUGGUACCAAUACAGCUAUAGACUAUAGUGAUAGCCCAGUACAUGCUGGAGUUAUAGAUGAUAUUUUAACUCAUAGAACUAAAGAACAUUCCCUACAACAACAAGAUAAAGCCAUGCAAAUCAAGUAUCUAAAUCUAGAGAAACGACGUCUGCAAGAAGCUAGAGAAAGGCUCCACGAAAAAAAACAUUUCUUAGCUCGGAAUCCUUCUCCAAUUGGUAAGAGACCUCCACUCAGUGAUCGUCAAAAAUCUUUCAGAUCCAAAUACCAAAUUUACACCCCACUAUCGUACGACGAUGAUUUUCAAAUCUAUUCCCCAGUUUUACGCGAUUAUUACGAUGAAGACUUCACCCAAGACAAAAAUGGCAACACCAUGUUGUUUUUACAUCAGCGCCCUCUAGUAUCACAACGGAAUUUGAGUGAUCUAGUACCUGAAAUUAUAAUGGCGCCUCCCAAAGUUAAAGCCAGGUCCAACAGUCUUCACAGUGUCCAUUCUCAAGGCUCAUAUGUCAGACGGGCAGUAGAAAAUCUUCCUAAAUCUAUCAAUAGAAUCUGGAAAUUGAGAGAAGAUAUCGAACGAGAUUAUCAACGUAAAUCAAAACCUUACACCGGCCAUCUUGGAUUAGAAUCCUAUCUUCCAUAUCAGUUAGAAGACUAUGUCAUAGUUCGUAAACUAGUAGAAGAUUUUGUUGAUGAUUGUUUAAGAUCUCAUAUUAUACCUGACCCUGGUUUUAAUAACAGUCUGAAACAAAGAGCUGUACAGAAUGUAGAUAUUGGUGGUGUCUGGAGUGAUUUAUCAGGAUCUUCAACUCAGAAAAAAAUUCUACAAUUAGUCAUGGAGGAGCUAGUACUAGAGCAAACUCGAAAGUUUACCAAUGAAAUCGUAGAAGAAGUGAUACAUUUAAACGGUGUGUUAAGAAAUAAAACAGAUUUUACUCUCAUGAAUCAAGCAGAGAGAAUCAGUACAGGCAAGAGAGAAGGGAGACAAUCCAAUGAUCCAGCCUACAAUACUAUAACUAGAGGUUAUUAUAGCAUGGUGGAUGACAGAGAUAAACACAGAAAAGAUGUAUGGGGUCAUUCUCAACAUGUCCACAUCAAAGCUGAUGGAGAGGGUGAGAGAGGAGGGGAGAGAGACAGACAAGGCCCUACCCCCAUAGUCGAGCCUGAUAAUCCCAGGCCCUAUAGCAACCCUCCUAAUCAGACGGUCUCUAGUAGACCCAAUAAUAAUCCUCCAACACAGGGUAAUGAACCAGUAGAUGCAGACACAGAAGUCUUGAAUUUCAAUCACAUCACCCCUACCAGCCUGCGGAAAUAUCAGCCAGUUAAAACAGAUUCUAAACAAAUCAAACAACAGAAGGUUAAUACAGAGAGAUAUAUCAAUAGAGAGAUUAGAUACUGGCAGAAUAUGAAAGAGGAUAUCACUAAGAUUACUCUGAGUAAGAAAUGUAAAGGAAUAGAAACAGUGCGACCCUCUCCUGAUAGCAGUAUGAUAGCUAUUGGUACUGUACAUGGUGAUGUGAUAGUAUAUGAUGUAAACCAGGAACCAUGGCGUGUUGUAAGAUUAAUACAUAAUUCUAGUGCCGUAGAUGAUGGUGUUAUUGAUAUAGCCUGGACUCUAGAUAAUUCUAAAUUAGUCACCAUUAAUAAAAUGGGUUCCAUGCAGGUCUGGACAUUUGAUGGUGGAGGAAUUGCCAGAGCAGACGCCAAAGGCUUGGAUAUCCAGGCUGAUCCUACUGGUUUUUUACCAUUACAGUUAGAAAGACUGGUUGUUCUGGAUGAUGAUAUGAAAGACUUCUCUUUCAAACAAGGUCCAUUUUCUGAGCAAGGAGUGUUAGAUGGUACCAACAGCCCAGUUAAAGCAGCCUUUUAUCCCAGUUUUUCCUUUCUCGGCUCUCAGCACUCAGUAUGUGUAGGUUUAAACAAUGGAGACAUGUUAAAAUGUAAUCUAGAGCCACUGUUAGCUAAAAUUGAUAACGUACAAGAACAAGAUGUUGUUUUUCUAGAAGCUCCUAGAAUUUAUCAAGAGAAUAUUUAUGAUGAGAAGUUUGGAGUGAAUCUAAUUGGAGAAAGUCUGGAGGCAGAGUUAUACAGACAUCAUAAACACCCUGUUAUAUAUCUAGGGUUUAUACAUAAUAUGACCAAGAUAGUCACUGUAGAUCAGAGAGGAUUUAUUAAUAUCUGGCAUUAUGAUGGUAAAUAUAUAAGUAAUUUUGGUUGGUUUACUCCAUUUAAAAAGUUAAAAUUAGAUCUGGUAAAAAAAGUUUAUACUCCAGCUGAUACUGGAGCACCCAAUAUCAAAUUCACAGACAGAGAAAAAUCCAAGAAGAAAUCCAAACAGGACAUCGCUCGAGAAAGACAAAGGGUUCAGAAUUUAUUGAACAAUAUGAUGUUAGGAGAUCCGUGGCAUGAAGAGGAACUGCUGGGCCAGGGAUUAACUACUUCUAUCUAUGCUCCCAAAGGAGCAGUAAAAGACACUGGAUCCUUGUUUAAUGUUAUAAUAAAACAUACAGCAACUGAUCAACUCUCCUCCUAUCUUACUAGAAUGUAUAAACCAGUUAAGAUUCCAUGUAAAAAGUUGGUAGAAGUCCAACAGUCUUCCAGUGGUACAGAACUGAUCUUCAUGUUACUCUUUCCAGAAUUUCCUCCCAAAGAUGCUCAUCUAACAAUAUUGGUGCUAGAUUUAAAGACAUUUAAACUCAGAGAUAUCAGAAAAGAUAUUAAAUUAACUAAUAAAGAAUAUAAUGAACUGAUACAGCAAGAUAAUCUUUCUUUUGAUGUAAGCCAUGUAUUUGGUACCACUGGUGCUGAUUAUUUGUAUCUAACUAUCAAUGGUCAAGUCAGAGUUAUCUCCCUUAACACUGGUAGUAUUGUCAUGAGGACGGACAAUACAGAUAGAGUAACUACUUUCCCUGGUCUAACAGUAGAAGAGAAGUUAUUGUCACUAAUGAAGAAUAGUAAAGUGAUAUCUUGGUCAACCAAUACUCAACUUAGUUCUAUUUAUUACUCACAGAAAUCUCCUGUUCUAAGUAUCAUGAAAUUAGAAGAUCAAAAUACUCCAACUAAGCGAAGAAUGAUGGUCAAAUCUUCCCAAAUGUGGGGUGGCAGAGAAAAAGCUCAUGCAGAGCAGAGGAUAGACUCUGUACAAUAUUAUCCCAGCAAUAAUCAACCUAUUGAAGUAGAUAUGAGGUCACUAGUACUAGAAUUGGUAGAUAAGGCCUUGGUUAAGAAAGGAGUGUUGACUCCUCCAGAUAGCUUGCUGGUGAAUAGUCAGGAAGCUUAUAAAGAGACUGCUAGACAGGUUCAGCAAAGAGGAAUUUUAUGA